AUGUUACGUGGCAACUACGGUAAACAAGUAUGGGAAGAGGUUCCCCUCCGCCAAGCUGUCAAAACACACCGCGAACUACCACUCUGGUUCCUAACAGAUUUACAGUUUCCAGAUAUCCAGGAGAUGUUACGUGGCAGUUACGGUAAACAGUACAAAUCGCGUAAAAAAAAAUUUCUAUUUUCAAAUAUGAAGGAACCUGUAGUUGAUUCAAAUUUCAGAACAUAUCACUUUAAACACGCGCCAAAAACAUUCAAUGAAAUUCUUGACAAAUGGACCGCCGGCCUAAAAUUCAUUCAAGGGCAAAAAUAUAUCCCAAAGGCAAUCAAGAAGUUCGUGGAAGAACUAAUUAACUUCAAUGAGACCAAGGAGUUUGAGAACUUGUUGGACGCCUAUGAGCAGAACUUCCAAGCUCACUUCCUUGCAACCCUUUCAAGUGGAUCGGUGACGAAGAUCGAAAUGGCAAAAAGUUAUAUGAAACAAACGGAUGAAAUCCUAAACAGUAAAUUAGGAAUGCAGAACGAAGAAUAUGAGGAAGAUUCUUAUGUAGAGGAUGAUGCAAUGCCGAAGAAUUCUAAUCUGGUGUACAGCGAUGACGAAUUUACAGAAGAAAGUCCAACAUACGAAAAAAACCUUAAAAGAAAAUUAGAAGAUGAUGAUUUGCCAGGUUACGAUGGGUUAAUAAUUCUAUUUAAUGAUUCGAAUGAGGAUAAAAUUAUGGAAAAAAUCGAUGAAAAUACUCUCGAGGAGGAAAGAAAAUUACCACUAGCGAGUGAUAAUAAGGAUCCAUCUACAUCUAUAUGUGAUGAAGUCUUGAAAGUUACAGAAAACGAUUUACAGCAAUUAUCCCAAGAUUUCGCUGAUCAUAUCAAAUGGAAAUGCGAAUUGACCUCAAAAGAUAUUCAGGAUUACUUCGAUGGCAAUUGCGUAAAACUUGACAAUAGCGAUGAAAAUAAAGAUCUAAAACAUUUUGACUCAAAUGUACAAUUUUUGAAAAAUAAUAUGCAUUUUUUCCAAGAAAUGUUGACGGAAGAACACUUGAAAAUGAUAUCAUCAUAUCCGUUGUUUCACGGAACAUUCAUGUCCAAUCGUAUAAAACACUCUUGGGGGGAAAUUCAUGCUCUUUCAAACAGUGAUGCCCGUAAUGAAAAAUCGGAUCCAUUUAAAAAAGCACGAGUGGGUAGAAAGGUUGAUAUGAAAGUAACGUUGCUAAAAACACCAAAUAAAUUUGAGGCUCUUUUUGGAGAGGUUUCAGGUGGGCUAGGACAAUUUGGAAUUCCCACAGCCUGUCGCAAGAAACGGUUCUUAGAUAAAGUGAAAUUAAUGGUAACAAUGCGGGAUAGUGUAAAUCGUCUAUUAAAAGAAUGUGAUCAUGUAUCGAACGAAAAAAGAUUAGAAAUUAUAGUUUUCGGCUGGCUUCAAUUUGGUUUGGAGUUGAAUUUCUACGCUAUGGAUUGGAUGGGAUCCGGUAUAUAUAGAUUCGGACUGAUAGAUCGAUGCAGGAUACCCGCCGAUAUUGAUGAUUGUGAUAUAUUGGAAGAUGCAUAUUGCAUUCUAAAAUUGCUCCAAAGAAAGCUACUUGAUACUGAAAGAAAUGUAAGAAAUCUAUUUUCGAAUAACACGAAAGGAAAAAGACGACAAAUCGCUUUAGAAAACAAAGCGGAGCUAAAUGUCAAUCGCUCCCCCUAA